GUCCAACACCAACGCCACGGUCAGCAAGCAUGUCGACUGCAGCGUCUUGUCCCAAAGAUUAUACAGAGUUUCGUGGGAUCUGCUACAAGAAGUCCAAGACACACAAGGACUUCAGCGAGGCAGAAGCGACCUGCCGUGAAGACGGGGGAACCCUCGCUAUGGCCAAAGACGCCGCUACCAACGCCUUCCUGGUCUCAACCCUAGACAAGGUCGGGGCGUCGGGUGGUGUAGUGGUGGGUCGUCACACUACAAACUGCUGCUGGAUCGGUCUGCACGAUCGGCGCCACGAGGGAUCGUUUGAGUGGGUAGACGGUACACCGCUUGGGAACUUCAGCUUGUGGGGCGUGGCACAGCCGGGAGCAAAUACCUAG